GGGAGAAGAGACUACGGCACCACCUGCCUCACUUUGAGAUCAGCAACAGACCAUGAACUUGCAGGUGACAGGCCUGGACCCGGACGGAAUGAAGCUGGACGGCCCUCAGUGCUUCCUGGACCAGGAGGAGGCGGAGGAGGCGGAGGAGGCCGAGGGUCGGCAGCUGCUGGAGCCCGAGACGUGGCGGGCCUACGCGGAGCGCCGCAACGCUCUGCGCAAGUUCCUGACCUCGGCCCUGAGCCCCCAGCUGCUCAAGCGCCACCACGCCCACGUGGAGCUCCUCAAGAAGUGCUCCUACCACCUCGAGCUCCUCCCCAAGCACCUGGCCCUGGGCGACCAGAACCCGCGGGUGCUGCCCACCACGUUCCAGUUCAUCGACCCGCAGAAGUUCCAGCGCAUGAAGAAGGUGGGCGCGGCCCAGACCAAGAUCCAACUCCAGCUGCUCGGGGAGCUGCUGCAGCAGCUAGACCACGGCCGCUCUGAGCUGGACGCCCUGCUCGAGUCACCGGACCCUCAGCCCUUCCUGGCGGGCUGGCGGCUCGUGGAGCAGCGGCUGGCAGACCUGGCGGCCACCACGGACAGCUUCCUGGCCACGAUGGUGCCAGGGCGCCUGCACGCCAAACACCGCCUGGUGUCUGACGUCAACGCCACCAAGAUCCCCCACAUCCAGCUCACGCUGAGCACCAAGAUGCCCGUCACGUUCGACCGCAAGGAGUCGGUGGCCCACCAGGACUGGGUCAGCCUGCGCUGGUUUGUCACCCUGCAGCCGGCCGUGCCAGAGCAGUUUGAGCUGUGCUACGAGCUGCUGGACCCACAGACACAGCAGGAGUGCCUGCAGUGCGGCAUCUUCCCCGUGGCCGCCUGCACCUUUGACGUCCGAAACCUGCUGCCCAACCGCUCCUACAAGUUCACUAUCAAGAGGGUGGAGGGCUACACGCUGGUGUACGAGCCCUGGCUGGACAGCCUCACCCUGCAGACCAGGCCUAGGCCCCCUGAAGGGCCCGCCCCCCCGUAGGCUGGGCAAGCUAGGCCCGGCCCUGACCACACCUUCCUAGAAAUGAUUUUCUAGUA